UGUUAUAUAAUUUUAACACUUUGUACAACCCACAGCCCAUCAUUAAGUUAUUCUCGAAACAAGAUCUCCAACCCUCAAUGGCCUUCACCGGCGAUGAUUUUGACCGUGAAAGUGAGCUAAAAGCAUUCGACCAAACCAAACAAGGAGUCAAAGGCCUUGUAGACUCCGGAAUCACCAAAGUACCUCGAAUAUUCAUUCAACCACCUGAUGUUUUCUCACAAUGUAUCACUCCUUUACAUUUACCGGUCAUAAACCUCGGUGGGUUCUGGUCGGACCGCGUUAGGCGAACCGAGAUUGUGAAGGAGGUUAGAGAAGCAGCCCGGAUCUGGGGCUUCUUUCAAGUGAUCAACCAUGGGAUUCCGGAGAGUGUUAUGAAAGAGAUGAGAGAUGGUGCACUUAGAUUCUUUGAUCAAGAUCAUAAGGUUAAGAAAGAGUGGUAUGUUACAGAUAGUAGUAAGAAGAUGUUUUAUAAUAGUAAUGUUGAUCUUUCGAGCUCGUUACCGGUUAGAUGGAGAGACUCGUUUCAUUGUAGGAUGGCUCCUGGUCCUCCACAUCCAGAAGAACUACCUCCACCUUGCAGAGAUAUACUCAUCGAGUACUCGAAACAAGUGACCAAAUUAGGGUGUUCUUUAUUUGAGUUGCUUUCGGAGGCUCUCGGGCUUGGUUCGAGUCACCUGAAAGACAUUGGAUGCGCCGAUGGACUCGCCACCAUCUGCCAUUACUAUCCUGCAUCUCCACAGUCGGAACUAACCAUUGGGGCUCGAAAGCAUGCCGACAAUGACUUCAUAACCGUACUCCUACAAGACCAUAUCGGUGGCCUACAAUUCCUUCACAAGAAUCAAUGGGUUGAUGUUCCAUUUGUUCCCGGUGCUCUUGUGGUUAAUAUCGGUGAUCUUCUACAGCUGAUAUCGAAUGAUGAGUUCAUGAGUGCCGAACAUAGGGUGAUGUCAAGCAGUUUCGGGCCACGAGUAUCAGUGGCGUGUUUCUUUACGACAGGAACGGUUGACACCGGGAAGGUUUUCGAGCCCAUUAAAGAGCUGCUAUCGGAACAAAAUCCAGCCAAGUAUCGGGCGACCACGAUGAAGGAAUUUGUUCAACACUCGCAUUCAAAGGUUUUUGAUAAAUCUUCUAUGCUGCAUUUCAGGAUCUAAUUAUGUUGACAUUUUUGUCUUUUUUACUUUGGGAAAUUUACGAAAAUUUCAUUUUACCAACGUUCUUUACGAAAAUAUCACGUUCAUGCGGCCGUGGACGGACUCCUCUACAUGGGAGGAGUUUGUGCGUCACCUUGAAGAGUCCAUGAACGAGCAGCUGACACGUGUCCUUUCAAAUGUUAAAGAGUCCAUCCCCGACGCAUCCCAUGCCUCCCCCGACGCAUCUCAUGCCCUCCCCGACGCAUCCCAUGCCUCCCCGACGCAUCCCUUGCAUCCGGACGCAUCCCAUGUGGAGGAGUCCGUCCACAGACGCAUGAACAUGACAUUUUUGUAAAGAACGUUAGUCAAAUGACAUUUUCAUAAAUUUCCCUUUUAUUUUUUUAUUUUUAUGAUGUAAGGGAGUGUUGAGGUUCACAAGGUGUUUUGUCUUUUUAAUGAUGUAAGAGAGUGUUGACUUUCACAGAGUGUUUUGUCUUUUUUAUGAUCCAAGGGAGUGUUGAGUGUUGACUUUCACAAAGUGUGUAUUUGCAUGCUUGCCUUAAAUUUGCAUUUCAUGAUUUAAUUAAAGAUCUAAUGGUUUGACUA